AUGAUAUCUCUCACGAUCAGAUAUGUGUCCGGUAUCAUUGUUGCAGUUGUCUUUAUUUCGCAACUUCUCAUCCUCAAUGCUCUGAUCAUCGUGUUGGUGGGUCUUCCCAAGAAUGGGCACACUGCGGUCACUUGGUCAGUGGUGGAGCGCAAAUUUUUGAGUUCCGUGUGGUCCCUAUUCUUUCGUGCAGACUCGACUGUGACCAAGGGAGUCGACCCCGAAAUCGGACUACUCACCUCACUCUGCUGA